AAACUUGACCCUGAGGGAAAUGAAGGCAGUGUCGCUCUCGCCUCGUCAGACACUUUUCAGGCGAGGAGACUCACGACUCACGUGUUGGAGUUAAAAUGCAGCUGAACGACCGGACGUGGUUCACGAGUCUGACAGCGGUUUUCGUCGAGCAUUAGUGUUUUAGUCACAGAAGAAGAAGCGACAUGAAGAAACACCUGAGUCCCUCCAAACAUCAUCAGCAGCAGCAGCAGCAGGCGCCGGCAGAUGUUCCGGCGGCUCUCGGCGGUGAGGUUACCGUGCAGCAACUCAACGAGCUGCUGUCCAACGGCAGCGGCUUCUACAGCUUACCCACACAGCACUUCAACGAGGUCUAUCCCAGAAUAUACAUCGGCAACGCGUUUGUUGCCCAGAAUGCGAUGCGUCUGCAGAAGCUCGGAGUGACGCACGUCCUCAACGUGGCGGAGGGAACCUCUUUCAUGCACGUCAACACCAGUGUGGAGUUCUACGCCGGCACGGGCAUCACGUACCAUGGCAUCCAGGCCAACGACACAGAGCAGUUCCACCUCAGUGCCUUCUUUGAGGAAGGGGCUGAUUUUAUUGACAAGGCCCUAGCACACAACAAUGGAAAAGGGAAGGUGUAUGUACAUUGCAGAGAAGGCUACAGCCGCUCUCCCACCAUGGUUAUUGCUUACCUCAUGCUGCGCCACAAAAUGGAUGCCCGGCUGGCGGUGGCCACUGUGAGGCAUAAGCGGGAGAUUGGCCCCAACGACGGCUUCCUUCGCCAACUGUGCCAACUGAACGAGAAGCUGGCGAAGGAGGGCAAGUUGAAUGUUUAAAGGCUUCCAUGGUAACGCUGACCUAUUCAUGACGAACGGCAAGAAUGCAGGUGGCAGCAUAAGAUGCAUAUGGGUUACCCUGCAUAUGACCUUACUGCGUGCAAGUCAUCACGUCCCCAAGGACACACUCAUGCUGUCAUCGCUCCAUACUGUGCUUCAUAACAUUUUCUCGUCCUCCCUUGUCCGUCCCAACAAGGAAUUCAUAAAUUCUGGGGUUUUCAUUGGAGGCAAUUGCAGCAACACUUUCCAUUCCAUUACUGUGUUUGCAAUACACAGAACAAGUCUCCACAUUUUUUUUUUACAGCCUGCAGCAUUUCCUUUGAGGGGAGCUGUUCAGUCAUUUUUUUUUACAUUUGUUGACAUGUGGCGACCUGCACCACCUAGAGGCUAAAAACUUUAAUCUGUGAUGCAUGGAUGACAUAAUUACCCUUCAACAGAAAAAACAAGUUAGCAUUAAGGAGUCCAUCUGAUAUGUAAUGUAAGUCCACUCUCACAGACGAGAUGUUCCCGUCGCUGUCAUAUUAUCAUCUCACACACUUGCAAAAUGUUUUCCAAACUGUUAAGUUACAAACACUCAACUCGAACACUUUCAACACAUCCUUUUUCUCUCUCGCUCUCUCUCGUGGGGUUCCUGAAAUGUCUGGCAUUUCAGUCAGGUGCUGUAGUUUGAGUUUGAGACCAUUAACUUGGCGCAUGUGUCUCACUUGUGUUUUCUCAUCACCUCAUCAUGAACCCCUAACCACAUAACUAUGAAAUUGGGCUGUCUGAAAUAGAAUAUAUAACCGAGAAUAUGAUAUACAGACACAGAACCUCUUGUCCACUUAUAAAUACAUUAUACAGCAGGAUUGUGCAACAGGUAUUUAUACAUUUGAAUACUUCGAUUUGAUACUGCCGUUGUUCUGAAUACACAAAAACGUAGUACUGUGCACCAUUAGAUGACCAUACAUUAUAAUUGUUUCUUAAUCACUUUAUUGGAACACAACAAUACGGGAAAAAUGUAUGUAGUUUUAAAAUAACAGACUCUCUUAAGAUUCAAGUGCGACCCUAAUUUACUGUUAUAGGUAAAACCCACUGUUUGUCCCACUAUUAAAUAUCUGCUGUGAAAAAGGUCUAUGACACCAGGUUUAUUCAAGCAUUACAUACACAGGUUGCAUGAGUUAGACCCCUCAACAGUUUGCUAAUCUAAAUGACCAUCUUUCACUCGUUCGUUCAUGCAUUUAUCGUUUUAGUCACUUGUUUGCAAGCCCAUACCCAGCUGACACAGGAUGGAAAGGCAAGGGUGCAUCCUGGACAGGUCGCCAGUCCAUCGCAGGGCAAACACACAGACACAGACAACCAUUCACUCUCACACUCACGCAGAUUAGAGUGUCAGAUUAACCUCUGCAUGUUUUUGGACUGUAGGAGGAAACUGUAGAAACUGGAGAAAACCUACACACGCGCGCAAACUCCAUGCAGAAAGUUCCCUUGGUCGGACCAGGUCGUUCCAUUCCAAAUUCCAAUGAUUUUACAGACAACAAACAACAAAUCUGGUGGUGCCCUGACACUUUAGCACAGUACUGUGACUUCAGAGUUUGGUACUUUUUGCUUAGUUUUACGUACACUUUAUAAUAAAAGUCUUCACAUCGGUCCAGGAUGAGGGCGUGUUCUUCUUCAUAGCAUCAACUGCCUGCACCAACCUGCUUAUUGAUUCAGUCAUUGACAGUUUUGGCUCCAGGUGGGUGAGACUUGGAAGCCAAAUAAGCCAAGGUAGAAGUUUUCUGUCAAGUGACAAAAUCGUAAAAAAAAAAAAAAAAGAAGCCUUUUUGGGGUCAAAAACAUAGAUGCAACAAAAAGCUGUGUGUUGAAAUGGAAUGCUUCUAUGAUGGCUACACCGGUGGUUAAACACUCUUUUAUGCAUUGAGUAACAGAUAAACACUGCCACCUGCUGUCCAACAAAUCAAGUGGUCUGCACAAGUUUGGUUUUUAAAUUGCCAUUACGUGGAUUAUAACUCAUGACAUUUGAAAUGGUUACAGUUCAACCCUGUUUUCUGAUACUAAAAUGCCAGUUUUUCUUCGUCUUAAAUGUGAAAUUGUAAUGUCCGUGUGUAAAGCAAAUGACUUUGUUUUGUUUACCAAGGUACCAGCAACAUUUUGUGGGAUAUACUCCAGGUUAAGUACAGUAUGUAUGUAUAAUCAAGAAUGUUCAAAUGUGAAAUGCCAUUGAUGUAUAUUGUUAUAUAUACUGAGUAUCUAACACGCACUAAAGCAAUUGUGGAUUGCUGCAUUUUGCUGUCAUAACUUGCCUAUUACAGUAUACAGAUAGUGUGUUUAUUAGACAGAUGAAUUUUUUGGGGGUAAUUUAUUCUUUUUUUUUCCUUAAUUAUUUCUGAGUUAAUUUUUCUUUAAAUGUGUCCUGUUGCAGGGGCAGAACGUGAUUACAGGUUUGAUUUCUAAUAUAUUCCCUCUGCUUAUAACAAAGGCUAUCUUUUGUACAUUUGGAACCUCUGAUAAUGUUCACAAACAUGUGAUUGUGACCUACUUCUCCAGCUAACUUUGUCAUCAUUCAUGUUGUUUUAGGGCGCUUCAACUCUAAUAGUAGCCAGUCCUGGGCCGGACUGUGAUUGCACUUCACUCACAGUGGUUGUUAAAAGCCAUGUGAAGGCGCAGAAGAGAGAAGAGGAUUAAAUUCACUCCGAUUGAGCCAGGUAGUUGGUUGUUUUUUUUUUUGCUUUUUUUAUUAUCAGAGAAAAGUACAUUAAAUUGACUUGCAAAUCAUUUCCUGCGAUUUUGUUCAAAUUUGCAGUCCCGUGUGGCAUAACUCGGCCAUCUGCGCUGAGGUAGGCAAAAUCCUGAGACGUUUAAACCCCUCUGACACUUGAUAUCUUACAUCAUCGAAAAAAAAACCAUCUGGCUGAACUUAUCUGAAUUGUCCGUGAUGCAAAGAGGUCCAUCCAGCUGGUGCUCCUAAGAGCUUUCAAACCAAUAGCAGAAACGACUUUGAAAUCAAGUCCCGGCCCAGGUAAAGUACUGACUCCAGAGCUGUCAUUGUUUACUUGCUGCCAUUCUGAUAAACGGCUUUAAAACAGGAGUUUUAGCACAAAUGAGCUCACUGCCUGACUCCUGCCGCUGGAGUCCGUCACACGUCUUGUAACACGGUUGCGUUUCUGUUAACGUUUCUGUUGCGUCUGCUGCAGAUGCACAUUGUUGCGAGUAUAUCCAUAUAUACGUAUGUGUGUAUGUAUGCAUUUGCCAUUGCAACUGUCAUCUCAGUGAACACAUCUUGACAGUAAAGACACAGCACCCCACCCAAAGCCUUACAGUAAAGAUCGAUUGUUUAGAUGUGUUUUUUCGUGUAUUUCACUUCACACGGCCGGAAGGGGCGGCGGCUCCCUUGCAGAACGAGACAUUGUUGAAGUGCACUUGAUUUUAAAUUGCAAUGUUAUUUUUCUUACCUUGGAGAAGUCUCUUCUUUUUUAUGUUUAAGAAAUAAAUGGCUGAGGUAUUAA